UAUCUCUCUGGCCCUUGGGAUGCGACAGGCCGUUGGCUGAGGGCGCUCUAGCCCGAGGAAGGCGGUGGGGGGAGUUCGCUGUUCUCUAUGGUUUCUACACAGAGCCGCUGAGCGAUGGCGUCAUAAGCGCGGGCCGUGGAGCGCCGGACCUGCAAGAGGGACGAUGUCGCCACCGCUCUUCAGCCUUCCCGAGGCGCGGCUCCGCUUCACGAAUUCUACUCGUGAUGCUUUGACCAACAAAACUAUCAAACCCUUACUGAAUGCAUUUAACCAGAUUCCUGGAAGUGAGAAUGAAAAGAAAUGCACCCUGGAUCAAUCUUUCAGAGUUGUUCUAGAAGAGGAAAUUAUAAAUCAAGCUUCAUGUGAAAAUGUCUUGGCUAUUAUUUCUCUUGCUAUUAAUGCAGUGACAGAUGGUAUCUGCACAGCAUCAACCCCUUUUGUGCUUCUGGGAGAUGUUCUGGAUUGCCUACCAUUGGAUCAGUGUGACAAAAUUUUUACAUUUGUUGAAAAAAAUGUCACUACAUGGAAAUCAAAUACAUUUUAUUCGGCUGGGAAGAAUUACUUGCUGAGAAUGUGCAAUGAUCUCCUAAGAAGAUUAUCUAAAUCACAGAACACAGUCUUCUGUGGAAGAAUUCAGCUAUUCCUGGCUAGAUUAUUUCCUCUUUCAGAGAAGUCAGGACUUAAUUUGCAAAGUCAGUUUAAUCUGGAAAAUGUCACAGUUUUCAAUACUAAUGAACAAGAGAGCACUCUGGGACAGAAGCAUAUAGAGGAGAGAGAUGAAGGAAUGGAAGUAGAAGAAGGUGAAAUGGGAGAUGAUGAAGCUCCUACAAGUUGCUCCAUUCCAAUAGAUUACAACCUGUAUAGAAAAUUCUGGUCGCUUCAGGAUUACUUUAGGAAUCCUGUGCAGUGCUAUGAGAAGAUCUCGUGGAAGACAUUUCUUAAGUAUUCGGAAGAAGUUUUGGCUGUUUUUAAAAGCUACAAAUUGGAUGACACACAGGCCUCCAGAAAAAAGUUGGAAGAGCUAAAAACAGGGGGAGAACAUGUCUACUUUGCAAAGUUCUUAACUAGUGAAAAGCUAAUGGAUUUACAGCUGAGUGACAGUAACUUCCGCCGUCACAUCUUGCUGCAGUAUCUAAUACUAUUUCAGUAUCUAAAGGGACAGGUCAAAUUUAAAAGUUCAAACUACAUUCUAACUGAUGAACAGUCCCUCUGGAUUGAAGAUACUACAAAAUUGGUUUACCAGCUUCUUUCAGAAAACCCCCCAGAUGGUGAAAGAUUCUCAAAAAUGGUAGAGCAUAUAUUAAACACUGAAGAAAACUGGAACACCUGGAAAAAUGAAGGCUGUCCAAGUUUUGUGAAAGAAAGACCAUCAGAUUGCAAGCCAACAAGAUUUGUGAGAAAGAGGCCAGCUCCAGAGGAUUUCCUAGGGAAAGGUCCAAACAAAAAAAUUCUCAUGGGGAAUGAGGAGCUAACUCGGCUUUGGAAUUUAUGUCCGGACAACAUGGAAGCUUGUAAAUCUGAGACUAGGGAAUACAUGCCGACACUGGAGGAGUUCUUUGAAGAAGCUAUUGAGCAGGCAGAUCCUGAAAACAUGGUUGAAAAUGAAUAUAAGGCUGUGAAUAAUUCUAAUUAUGGCUGGAGAGCAUUAAGAUUACUAGCACGCAGAAGUCCCCACUUCUUCCAGCCAACCAAUCAACAAUUUAAGAGUUUACCAGAAUACUUAGAAAACAUGGUAAUCAAAUUAGCCAAGGAGUUGCCUAAAUAUCGGGAUUGUGGUGUUUGUCAUCAGUCUUAGAGGAUCCAUAAUUGUGUUUGGGAGCUUUCUUAUUCCUAACCUGAAGACAAAGAGAGGAAACUCAAUUCUUAAUAAAAAAAAACAAACCUUUUUUCAGCAUGUUCAGUCAUUUGAAUUAACCAGUUGUUUUAAAAAAUUGUUUUUAACACUCAGUAAACAUCGCAUUCUUUUCAAUCAUGUUUCACUUGGCAUAGUUACUCUGUCAUCCUACUAGUUUUAUAGUCAUCUAUCUGGUCCUACAGCAAAAAAUUUCAAAUGUUGAACAGGAAGGAACCUUUUUUUAAUCCUCUCAGGCUUUUUAUCCAUCAAAAAAGGCCAUAAGCUCAAUAUUUUUUCCAUUGAAUGCCACCGUCGGCUAAUGAACAGGAAAAUGGGCAGGGGAGUGGGGAACAGGGUUUGGAAAAAACAAGCAGCACUGAAUAUCCCAUAGUAUCAUAGAUCAUAGUGGAAUGAUUAGUUUCUCCUACAGUGAGCAAGUUCCAGGCAAGCUUUUGUUUUCUUGAAAAGAGCAGGAGAUUCUCCUGUGACUAGGCCAGUAGUAUUUUGUUGUUGUGGCUGUUGCUGUUGCUGUUGGGGUUUUCGGCUACAGAAGUAUAAUGUGUGGGUUUUUUGUACACAAAUGUCUUGUCAAAUUGUCUAUUCUAGCAGGCAUGUCAGGGACCAUCACACAGCUAUAACAUUUCUUUUUAAACACAAAAGCCAUCAAGUGAUAUUUAAUUCUCUCA